UCCAUACGGCGCGGCUCUCUCGAGUUUUUCGGCUUUCCUGAGUUUGGCUCCUCCCUCCGAGAUGUUCGGCUUUCCCGAGUUUGAGCCCUUUAAAGGAAACUUCCCUCCAGCAGUGCAGACACUUCUCAGGUGGAUCAGCUGUGGUUUGUCUUCACUGUGUGCAGAACAGGAUCUCCAUCUGACAACAUCUUUUUCUGUGAUAAAACUGGAGAGAAAGGAUCAGAACCUGCCGGAGCCGAACUCUAUAACCUCUUACAACCUCCACCCUCUGACAGCUACUGGACAAACUGCUGUGUUGAGUCUCCAGCGUCCGCUCAGCCAUGCAGCUCUUCAGCUUCUGGGUCCUCACAGUCCUGACUGCAGUCCUAUCAGCAGGUCAGCAGACACUGGCUAACUUCAUCGACACCACAUGGACGACUCUGAAUGACCUGGCUACUCUGUCCUGUCCAGAGCCCUGUUCAGGGGUGGAGACCUGGGAGAGGAAUGGACAGAAAGUGGCCAAAUGUGGAGUUAAAGAAGAGUUGGAGUUCAGCUGUGAGAGACGCCUGGGCCAGAGUAGCCUCACCGUUCCUCAGGUUAAUUACACCACCAGAGGAUUUUAUCACACCAAAUGUGACGGAAAAGUGAUCUGCUUCCAGAACCUCCAGCCCAGGCCUCACAGCUCUUCUGUUGAAGUUCCAGCUGGAGAUCCCCUCAUCUUGGACCUGCUCACGUUCCAUCCAGUGAAUCUAACGUUCUCCCGGACUGACGGAGGAUCUGUAGCCCCUGUCCAGAUGUGCUCUGUGGAUGGACGCUCCGUUCUCUGUAAGGCGGGCUAUGAAGACAGAGUGUCACUGCGUGGAAACUCCAUGGUGCUGAGAGACUUGGUGCCUGCUGACUCUGGAGUCUACAUGGUCAGAGAGGUCAACAAUGGAGAGGCUCUCAUACGGACAGUGUCGGUCACUGUUAAACAUGUUCAUCAGAGCUGGAUGUGGAAGGAUGAAUAUCAGCAGGGAUUGAAAACCGGGGCACUGGGAUUUGGGUUUGGAGCGCUGAUCCUUGGUGUGAUUCUGGGGUUCUUUGCUCUGCCGAGGGGGCUUUAUCUGAUGGACAGAUGUGUCCAGAGGGUCAGAAGACGAGACUCUUCACGUGUGGAUCAAUCUGACGAUGUGGAAAAGAGUGUUCCUCUGACAUGAGGGAAUACCGGGCAGUGGAAUGACCCUCAUCAUAGAGAAAGACUUUAAAUAAAAAAGAAAAGACACUGAAAAUUCUUUUUUUACUCUUUUUUUAUAUCCCAAAGCUGAUCCACUCAAGGCCACUUCACCCAUCUCAAGCUGGUUUCUUAAUGCUCGAUUUCAUGUUCAAAUGUUCCUGUUCCACCUUAAAUGGUAAUCAGUAAUGAAAGUAGAAACAUGGCUCAGGUCCUAAUUUGCUGGUCCAGCCAGUUUCUUUAUCAUCCAGCAUUGCAGCUCUUUAACUGGACCACGACUGGACCACGGUUUACAGGACACACUGGUGCUGCUGUGAAAGUUCUCCUGGUUCUGCAGGGUUUUAUUCUGUAAAUGUGAACGUGCUGAAUAGGAGUUAGUCUGUUCAGUUUUUAUAGGUAUGAGAGCUGUUUUUACCUGCUACUUGUUACUGUUGUUCUCCUCUGUACAAAAUAAAGUGAGUAAUUAUUCCA